AUGUCUCCACAGGGUGCUGAAAAGCUUGUCAUGGCUGUGGACUUCGGCGAGACGAACUCGUCGGUUUCUCAUACUUUAGUACACGAGGGACUCCUGUCAGAAAGCGUCAUUAGUUUGUCGCCCACAACAGUGUCAAACUAUGUCUCUGGGAUGAUGACUUCCAGAGGAAGUUCGAUGCACUUGGAAGUGCCAACCUUGCUCCGGUAUCCCGUUGACUGGGUCUUCCAACCCCUCGACGAACUCAAAGUAGAGCAACCUGGCGCUAUCCGCCAUGACAAUCACCAGAUACGCUGGGGCUUGGAAGUCCAGCAAGACAUGUCGAGAGUCAUGUCACAUUCUGACAAUAAUCAGAUGCUUCUACACGGCUUCAAGAACCUUAUGAGCCAGUCAGACAACCAUCAGAUGCAGAACGCACGUCUUAUUGAAACACUCCGUCGACUAUCUCAGAAGAGGUCUUGUCCAAGCGAGAUUCCCAUUCGAGAGAUGCUUCUCUUAGUCAUCAUCGACUACCUGACGAAAUUGCUCGCCCAUGCCAAAGAUGAGAUUGUAGGGAGCAAAUCUAUUUCUACUACAGAGAUGGUCAUUUGCGUGCCAGUAUUCUGGAAUCAGCAAGCCCUUAGAGACAUGCAAACUUGUGUGAGUAUAGCCAUGAAGCGGGUCGAUUUUCCUGGAGUUCAAUUCAGCGGCGAUUGUAUGGAGAACAUAUUCAUGAUAUCAGAGCCAGAAGCUGCGGCGACACGGCUACUCGCCGGCCCCUCUGUCAUCAAAGAAGGGGAUGUUUUCACGAUCCUCGACGCCAGAGGAGGGACGUGUGAUGCCUUGACGUAUGUUGUCACUCAAGGAUUGCCUCUCAGGCUGUCCAGGCAGGUCGUGCAUCAUAGCGGCGAUUCAUGUGGCUCCAGUGCACUGAACGAUGCAUUCCGGCAGCUGCUAAGAACUUUACUCGCAGGCCACGACUACUUGAGCCAAGACGGGGCAACACUAGAGGGCUACAUCUGUAAGCUCGCCGUUCAUGACUUCGAGCACUUGAUCAAGGCCGGAUGGGUCGUCUCUGAGCAUAGCAAAGACUAUAGUCUUGAGGUCAUUGGGCUUAAGUUUGACGCUGGGGAUCCCAACCAAGCUGAGAACCCUCGACUGAGGCAGCCCAACCAGUUGACAAUCCGAUCUGAGCACCUCAAUGAGAUUUACACAAAGGUCUGCAAAAAGGUUUCUGCCAUUAUGGAGCAGCAGUUGCACGCAGCGGCCCAGAGUGGCCUGGAAAUUUGUAAAGUCAUCCUGACGGGUGGAUUCGGAGAAUCGAUUCCUCUACGAACACAUCUCCGUCAAAGUCUCGAGAGUUUCAACGCUGCCAAUAAUUGCAAUGUAGAGCUAUAUCUCUUCGACACACAUAACCGCAUGACGGCAAUCGAUGCCGUUUCCUUGGGAGGUGUCUUAAGGGCACUUGACAAAUCGAACGGUCCGACUAGGGUUGCAAGAUCAAGUUAUGGUGUUCGCUGCGAUGAGCCUUACUUCCACGAGUUGCAUGCAGGACAGCCGACUAUUCCGGGCUUCCAAAACUCGAAUGAACACUACGUGGAGGCCAUAGAAUGGAUUUCGAAAAAGGGCGAUGAUAUUGCUCCUUUGUUCCAGAAGUCUGCGACGCGCUACCAAACUUUCCCUUACUGGAAUGCUGAUGGUACAGUAAAUCACGGGCCGUUCGUUUGCCAAGAGGAGAUCUGGGUAUCCGAUGAGGCCUAUCUAGACUGUCGCAGUUUCAAAGAUGAUCAUAACAAAGGUAUGGCCCCUGAGACAUGGCCCAGCCAGCCUCCAUUAACCAAGUUAGAUGCUCAGAGGAUUGGUGUUAUAGUGACAGAUGUCACACAUCUCCGUCCACGGUUCCUGCGUAAGACUGCUCAAGCACGGGGCCCUCGUGGCCGUUACAGGAGAUAUUGGUACUGGAAGUUCCCUUAUGAAUUAGUCUUGAUCAUCGACGGCUUGAACAUGAAAUCUUUCACGCUGCCGUCCGCGCCGAGAUCCGCAAAUUAG